AUGAGACUUCAAUUCAACUACACGGUUGCGACCCAUCUUGCAGAGUUCAGCUGCCCAUUUCCUGCCUUUUGCGCCCAAAAUCCGGAAUACACACAUUUCAUCGGCGGGGCCCUGAUCUUUUCACCGAAGCGAGAAAAUGUAUCGAUGGGCGCUACUCCUGCUCCACACGAGGAAGACGGAGCAGGACAAGAGAAUCAGCAGCAGCAGCAGACCCCUCGCGUCCUGCUGCUUCAACGCGCUUUCCACAAUUCCUUCCCAGGUGCAUGGGAGGUUCCCGGCGGCUUGUGCGAGGAGGAUGACCGGACCCUCCUGGACGGUGUCGCGCGCGAAGUCUUCGAGGAAUGCGGGCUGCGUGUCUCGCGAUUUGUCGAGCUUGUGGCAAAGGAUGCGUGGGACAUCCCUCGACCGGACCUUGGCCUGACGCAUACCCUGGUGAAGUACACAUUUCUGGUCGAGGUCCAUGAGGUCGAAACAGGAGCAACUGCGAUUGGCGAUCAUGGCUACCUUCUGGAGAACGUGGGUGUUAAUGGCGAGAAUCGUCGUGGGUGUUUCUUAACGUCGGGGGAGGCUGGCAUAUCAAGGGGGCGCCGCUGGGAGGAUAGGGUCGUAUUGAGUGCCCAAGAGCAUUGCGAUUACCGAUGGGCAAUGGAAACUGAGGUCCGAAGGGGUCUAGAACGAGGGACCGGCCUAUUCGCUUUGUUUACGCGUCAUGGGCACCAGGUUCUGGAGGGCUUUCACGCCUGGAAGAGGAUAUGGGCCGGGGUACCAAAGCCCUAUGCCUGA